UUAAUUUGCUCUAGCUGGGAAAACACGCCAGAUCAACUGAGUGACAUGUUCAUGUGGUUUUGAGGAGUCAGGAGCUGGCUGAAUUUAAGAUGACCUAUUAACAUGUUGUUCGGACUGCUGAUGGACUGAAGGAACCAAACUAGAGGAGGGUCAACAUUCGGAAACAACUUCAUCACAUUGUAUUCAGAUAACUGUAUCCUGGUGGAUGAAUUUUGUGAGAGGACUUCCUUAAGGGAGCCAAAAUCCAGAAGCCAACAUGGCUGACAUGGUAAAUACAUUGCCAUUCUUCUAUGGCAAUAUCACCAGGGAGGAGGCGGAAGACUACUUGCGGCAGACAGGCAUGAGCAACGGCUUAUACCUGCUACGGCAAAGCCGAAACUAUCUUGGAGGCUUUGCACUGUCUGUGUUGCAUUCAGGCCGCUGCUACCACUACACCAUUGAAAGAGAACCCAAUGAAACAUAUGCUAUUGCUGGUGGUAAGAGCCACAGGACCCCUGUGGAUGUGAUUGACUACCACUCCCAGGAGAUGGAUGGGCUUGUGUGUCUGCUAAAGAAGCCCUGCAACAGGCCCAAGAACAUGCAGCCAAAGGUUGGGCCAUUUGAAGACCUGAAGGAAAAACUGAUCAGGGAGUAUGUUAAGCAGACCUGGAACCUUCAGGGUGCAGCUCUGGAGCAGGCCAUCAUCAGCCAGAGGCCUCAGCUGGAGAAGCUCAUUGCCACCACUGCACAUGAAAAAAUGCCCUGGUUCCAUGGAGCAAUAACACGAGAAGACUCUGAGCCCAGGCUUCAAAAUGGCUCCCGUACAAAUGGAAAAUUCCUGAUCCGACAGAGGGAUCUGAAUGGCUCCUAUGCUCUGUGUUUACUACAUGAAGGACAAGUCAUGCAUUAUCGCAUUGACAGGGACAGGGCUGGCAAACUCUCUAUCCCAGAUGGCAAGAAGUUUGACACCCUGUGGCAGCUGGUGGAGCACUACUCCUACAAACCAGACGGCCUGCUUCGAGUGCUAACAGAGCCCUGUCCAAGACCUGAUGGAGAAAUUGGGCUGAUAGGGCGACCGCUGCUCCCACGGGACCAUCCUGGACUAAGUUCUGCUCUUCACAAUGCAGCAGGUGGAAUUCUCUCCAGACUCAAAACUGUUCCCAUACCUGGCCGAAAAAAGAGCAGAGGACCUCGACACAACACCACAGAUAAUCUCAAUCCUUAUGAAACCAGGGUGCCCAACAAUCAAGAAGCCAGCAAAGAGGCCAUGCCAAUGGACACAGAGGUAUAUGAGAGUCCAUACGCAGAUCCAGAUGAACUCCGGAGUUCCACGGUCGAUCGCAACCAACUCUUCUUGGAGGAUGGAGAACUGGGCUCUGGGAACUUUGGUACAGUCAUGAAGGGCAUCUACAAGAUGAGGAAGACAGAGAAGCCAGUUGCAGUCAAAAUCCUAAAGAAUGAUGACAACAACCCAUCCGUACGAGAGGAAAUGCUGCGAGAAGCCAAUGUCAUGCAGCAGCUGGACAAUCCUUAUAUUGUCCGGAUGAUUGGUAUCUGUGAGGCAGAAAACCUCAUGCUGGUCAUGGAGCUGGCUGAGCUAGGACCACUUAACAAGUUCCUGCAGAAAAACAAGCAAACAACCAUAAAGAACAUCACAGAGCUGGUCCACCAGGUGUCUAUGGGGAUGAAGUACCUAGAGGAGCAUAACUUUGUCCACAGAGACCUCGCUGCCAGGAAUGUGCUGCUGGUCACGCAGCACUACGCCAAGAUCAGUGACUUUGGCCUCUCCAAGGCUGUCGCUGAGGAGCAAAACUACUACAAGGCCAAGGGUCAUGGGAAAUGGCCAGUGAAAUGGUACGCUCCUGAGUGUAUAAACUACUUCAAAUUCUCAUGCAAAAGUGAUGUGUGGAGCUUUGGGGUGCUCAUGUGGGAGGCCUACUCCUGUGGCCAGAAACCAUACAAGGGAAUGAAAGGAAAUGAAGUCAUGCAGAUGAUUGAAAGUGGACAGCGUAUGGAUCCCCCAGCAAACUGUCCACCAGAGAUGUAUGACCUCAUGAGGACCUGCUGGACAUACAAGGUGGAUGAAAGGCCUGGAUUUUCUGUUGUUGAGCCAAGACUACGAGAGUAUUAUUAUGACAUUGCACAGUGAUUCCUCACAUGGAUGUUACGAGACUAUGCAAACUAUUGGUUGAUGAGAAAAACUGCAUUUAAUCAUGGAGAUGGUUAUGAAUGAUAAAUUCUGUUGUAAAAUAUUGACUUCACCUGGAGGAUUCAUUCUAACUUUUGAACAAAGACCGUAAUUAUGCAAAUUACAUUUAUUUUAUUACUUUUCUUGUAUCUUCCUGAAUGUAAAGAAUAUGAAAGUUGUAAUAAACAAUACAAGUCCAGCUUAUUCUAUGAACAAGCAUGCACAAAUGAUUAAUUUGGUAGAUGUGUUUUAUACUAUAAGUGCAUUUUAUGUAUUAUAGGUGCACCAUGCAAGGUCAUUAUAGUUGAUCCAAAAAUGUAAUGAAGGUGUUUUAGCAUAUUCAAGAUUCAAGCGCUUUCUUGUCAUUGUGUAGCACGACAUUACUUUUGUGACAACCCAAAGAUGCAUUAAAAUUCACAAUUUAAACAAACAAACAAGUUCAAGUAGAACCAGUUCAAUAAGAAAUAUAAAAGAAGAGCUAAAUAUUAACUAUAAAUAAGAGCUAAAUAAGUAUAAAUGAGAAAUAACUUAACUGUUCAAGUAGUGUCUAGCAGCAUAGGUUAUUAUUGCACAUUGUCUGUCAGCAUGGAUUAUUAUAGAUUAUUACUGCACAGUGUCCAGAAGCAAGAGAGAUAAGACUGGAUUAUCAGUUUCUGUAAAUAAAUAAAUCCCAUUAUUGUGAUUCCUAACUAAUGCUAAAACCGCUCAGUAUUAUACAAUAUAUGGACCAAGUUUACAUGUAUCUCUGUAAUAAAUGAACAAGAAUCUCAUCAUCAAUGCCAAGAUAAAGUAUGAGAUUCUCCAAAUUUAAUCAGAAGUUCUGUAUAUCACUUUACAGUGGCCUCUAAGGACAAACACAUACAAAUGCAAAAGCACAAAUAUUUAGGACAAAUCAACAAAUUGUAGAAUAUAUACAAAAGUGAAAACAGAAACAUUUCUAUAACCGAAAUGCAUUUCUCUCAAUGUUGUUUGAUAUGAAAUCAGCGGACCUAAACAAUUUAAUUUUGUGGGACUUCAUUGGCACGGGGAACAGACGUUUGCAUUGCCAAAGCAAGUGUAAAAUAAAAACAAGAAGAAUUGUUAUUUUGCUAUUAAAAAUAUAUACAUAACUAUUUAAAA